AUGGAAGAAUGUCAAUUAAUUCGUAAUAUUAAAAAUAAAAACGUUGGCAAUCUUACUUUAGCUGCUGCGAAUACUGCUAAAACCAAAUGGAACGAAAGUUCUACAACAACAAAAGCAUGUAUAAUUGGAUCGACUGCUGCUGUAACAGCUCCACUGGCCAUUCUACCCGUCUUAGGUUUGGCGGGAUUUACAUCAGCUGGUGUAGCAGCCGGUAGUAUCGCAGCAUCCAUGCAAACAGCAGCAACAGCAUCGGGAGGCAUCUUUGCUCUAUGUCAAUCUGCUGGGGCUGUUGGUGCAGUAGCUACAUCAACUUCUGUGGGUGUAGGGCUUGCAGCUAGUGCUACUGCAGGUGGUGUAACGGCAGUAUUACAAGCCAUUGGUGUAGAAGAACAAUCAAAGACAAGACAAAUAUGGCCAUUAUUUUCAAAUGCGGAAACUCUUUUAAAUGCUUAUAAUCCUGAUGAAGAAACUUCAGGUGAUGAUCAAUUAGAAAAUUUACCUCGAUUAACAGUACGCACUUCGUUUCAAUAUGCAGAUACUGAACAAAUAAUUAGUAACGAUUCUCAACACAAUCAAUCGAGAGAAAAAAGAAAUAUUAUGGCACAAAUUUUUUCUUGUUUUGGUCGUCGAAGAUCGAUUCGUAAAAAUAUAUAUAAUUUAUCAUGGAGAUCAUUGUUUGGAACAAUGUUUGACAUAGAAAAAACAUAUUUAUGCACUAAUUUUCUAAAUAAUUAUAAGUGUAUUCGAUUUAUUAUUAUUUUAAUUGAUUCAGUUCUACGAGGUAUUGGUCAAGUUAUGUUUGCCAAUAAUCCCUUAUCAGGAUUAAUCAUUUUGAUUGGUCUAUUUAUUGGAAAUUGGGAAUUAUCCUUAUAUGGUCUUUUGGGAACAACUGUAUCAACUUUAACAGGUCAUCUAUUUGAAUUUGAUUAUAAUUCUAUUCGAUCUGGUCUAUAUGGUUACAAUGGAUGUUUAGUGGGAAUGGGAAUUGCUUAUUUUAGUUUUCCUCAAUCUCCUCAAAUCGUUGUUCCAGUUAUAAUAAUGAGUAUAUUUUCAACAAUUUUUUUUGUUGCUCUUGGAAAAACUCUUGUUCAACAUUUUUCACUUCCACUAUUCACCUUUAGUUUUCAAAUUUCUACUUGGAUAUGGCUACUUGGUGCUUUGAAAUAUCGAUAUUUUUUUAUAAAUGGAUCAAUCUUAUCUCCUGCUUUAUUAACCACACUAAAUGAGAAACCACCAUAUUCGAAUAUAUCAUAUGGAAAUUAUUCUAUUGAAGAUAAUUUUAUUGGAUUCUUUGCAAGUAUAGCACAAGUAUAUUUUAUUGGUAAUCCUUAUACGGGUGCUGUUAUACUCGUUGGUAUUUGCAUUUGUUCGAGAAUUCUUUCAUUUUUUGCAUUAUUUGGUGCAGUAACAGGUCAAUUGAUUGCAGCUUAUCUUUUAGGAUUACCUGCAACAACAAUUCAUUCUGGAUUAUGGGGUUAUAAUUCUGUUCUAACAUGUCAAGCACUAGGUGGAAUGUUUUUAAUUCCUUAUGGAUAUCAAAUAUGGUUAUUUACAUUCUAUGGAUCGAUGAUGACUGUUAUUGUGCAAGCAGCUGUUUCAGCUUUUCUUGCUUCAACUGGAAUGCCAACAUUAACCUUUCCAUUUACUCUUAUUUGCUGGAUAUAUUGUCUUUUAGGUGGUUCAAAAAAUUUAAUUAGUGUUAAAUUGACAGCUAUCAGUAUUCCAGAAGAUCAUUAUCGUCGUUUUCGUCUUAUAAGGUUAAUUAAAACUCAACUGAAAUUUAUUAGUUAUUUGACAAAUCUUUCAUCUUCACUGAAUGAAGAUACAACAUUAGAAGAAUUUUCAAAACUUAAUCAAACUUUGCCUAUUUUAAUGUGUUCAUAUGCCAAUGAAAAUGAUCUAAACGACAUUAAAAUGUUAAUCAAACAAAAGAUUAAUAUACAAUUAACUGAUCAUAAUGGUCGAAGUCCAUUACACAUAAGCGCAUGUCAAGGAAAUAUGAAUAUAUCUAAAUGGCUUAUUAAAUAUGGAAAAGUCGAUGUUAAUAUAAUUGAUAAAUUUGGUGGUUCACCAUUAUAUGAUGCUUUUACUAAUGGACAUUUUCAAUUGACUUCAUUUCUUUUUUUACAUGGUGCACAAAUGCCUCAAUAUAAAUCAAAAGAACUCGCUUUCUAUCUCAAUGCUUUUGUCUAUGAAAGGAAUUUAGAAGGCAUUAAAUUGCUAAUUUCAUGUGGAUUUAAUCCAAAUACAGGCGAUUAUGAAGGACGAAAUCCUUUACAUAUAGCAGUUAUGGAAAAUAAUGUUGAUAUUGUUCAUUAUCUAGUUGAACAAACAUCUAUUGAUUUAAAUUUAGUUGAUCAAUUUAAACAAACAGCAAUAGAAUAUGCAUCACAUUUAUCCGAUAUUAUCAUUUUUAAUUAUUUACGAAAUAAAAAAGACAAUCAUAUCUCGAGAAGAGAAUCAAUACCAUUGGAUAUUGUUACAGAAACAAAUUUAAAUGAUCAAACACAAACAAAUAAUACAGAAAUACUUUCGAUGAAUAUAGAACGAAACUGUUUACCUGCACUUUUAUAUCAAAGUGCAGCUGAAGGUGAUAUGAAAAUAAUGAGCAAAUUUCUCGAACAGUUCCCUAAUUUGAAUGCACUCGAGUGUCUUGAUUAUGAUCAACGUUCAAUAGCACAUUUUGCAGCCGCUCAAGGGAAAAUCGAUAUUAUCUACUUUUUACAUAAAUAUUGUUCUACUGAUCAAUUUAAACAAUUGAUGAAUCGUCAAGAUCGAUGGGGUUUAUCGCCUAUAGAUGAAGCCUAUCGUUAUCAACAUUUCAAUAUUUCUACUUAUUUAAAAGAACAUUUAUUCGAUCAAAAUAAUCAAACUGAAAGAGAUAUAACACAUCGAUCAAAUACAGAAUCAGAAACUAACGACAUUGUUCGUUUACUACAAAAAUGGAAAAAAAUCUUUCUCUUUUCUACAUUAGCUGCAUCAGGCCAAGCUCAAAGAAUUGAUGCAUUAUUUUCACGUGGAUAUUUCAUUCCAACAGAGCUCUAUGCAGAUUAUGAUGGUCGUACACCAAUGCAUUUAGCUGCAGCUUAUGGACAUUUAAAUGUUGUUCAACUACUCAUUCGAUUUGGUUACAAUGAAAAGACACAAAUUGAUCGGUGGGGAAAUACUCCUCUAGAUCAAGCAGAACAAAUGAAAUUUAACCAGAUUAUUGACGAAUUAAGUCAAAGUCAAUUGUAA